AUAUAGAAAUUGUUGAUACUUGAUUCAUGCAGUUCAUAUUUAGAUGAACUUAGUGCCAUUCAUUGGUUACAUUUGUUAUAACUUUGACAUUCAUAAGUGUAUUUGCACUGUAUUUGUGUUUAUGAAUGAUUACAAUUACAUAUGAUUUAAACUGAUGCAAUUGAACUUGGCAGGCAAUAAAUGGCUCAUUCUUGUCAUAGCUGCUUGCUUUCAUUAGCAAUACUAUUGCUUUGGGCUACCAUAUCUUCUUCCUCAAGCCGCCGUGAAAAUGGGAAUACGAUCAAGACUGCUACUUUCCUAUCCCCUAAACUUGUAUUGGGACCAGGAUCAGUGGCGGAUAGGUGGUACUACGAUCUUGAUUUUCCAAGAGGUCAUAUAUUUAUCAAAAGCUUUGAUGCUGAAGUAAUCGAUGAGGCUGGCAAUCCAAUUCCGCUCUAUGAAACUUACCUUCACCACUGGCUUGUUACGAGAUACUAUCAACCAAAGAACGGUUCCAAUCUCCCAUCAGAUCGAAUUUCUGCAGGAAAUAGUGGAAUCUGUCAAGGUGAUGUUAUGAAUCAUCAUUUUGGUCUUGGAUCGGAAACGAGAAAAACAGCUACACAUAUUCCAGAUCCUUACGGUAUAGAAGUGGGUAACCCUGCUGAAAUUCCUGCUGGUUAUGAAGAGAAAUGGAUGCUUAACGUCCAUGUUAUCGAUACAAGGGGCGUCGAAGAUAGAUUGGGAUGCACUGAAUGCAAAUGCGAUCUUUACAAUGCUACAGCUGAUAAAUUUGGUCGUCCUUUGAGGCCUGAAUACAAGGGAGGUUUGAAAUGCUGCCAUGAUCGUACACAGUGUAAAUUGAGACGAGGUUUUCAGGCCUCUAGGAGGACCCAUUACCUGCGCUAUACCGCGAAGUGGGUUGAUUGGGAUAGUUCUGCAAUCCCUGUUAAAAUCUUUAUUUUUGAUGUUACUGAUACUGGCAAAAGGGUUAAUGGCUCAUCAGAAAUUGGCUGUCAGGUUGAGUACGAAGUUAAAGGCUGCGGAAAUAGUACUGCAGCAGUUGAUGAAUGCAUUGAUGUGAGAAGAACAAGUGUGAUCAUGCCAACUGGUGGUUAUGUCAUAUAUGGUUUCGUCCACCAGCAUAGUGGCGCCAUUGGUUCAACUCUCUACGGGAAGCAACGUAGGAAAAUUCUCGAGUCCUACGUUUUGGAUGGACGUGUUAUAUGCACAUCAUUACCGACUUAUGGAAAAGGAAAAGAAGCAGGAAAUGAGGCUGGUUACGUUGUAGGAAUGUCAGCCUGUUAUCCUAAACCAGGAUCUGUCAAGAUUGCGGAAGGUGAAAAGUUAAUUGUGGAAUCAAAUUACAGCAGUACUCAAAUGCAUACCGGAGUUAUGGGGCUUUUCCACAUAUAUAUUGCAGACAGAAUACCAGAGCAGAGGCCCUUCUUAGAAUCUAUUGUUCAAAAACUAUUUGUGGCAGUUUCCAUUCAAAAACCUCCUCCUCUAUCAGUCUCUUUUAAGCAUCAAUGCUGCGUCCUGAGUCAAGAAUCAAGAAAUCAAGAAACCAAGAAUUCAAGAAAAUACGAAUCAAGAAAUCAAGAAAAUAUGAACAUUAUAAAGGACGGGAAAGAUCGAGCAUUAGUUAUCGGGAUUCAGGUUCUCUUGUUCUAUCAGAAUAUAUUGAAUUUGCUAUUUCUGAAAUUGUUUCUUGGUCUUGUGCAUUUUAGACUGCAAGUUCAAGAUCUUUUUGCUUGUUUUUGCAAGAAACAGUGGGAUAUGCAUACUUUUGAGUUCAGAUUGGUGAAAGUAAACUCUGAGUUUCAAAGAAUUUAUACUGUGCACUUGGACAGACAAUAUAUGGCUCAAUCUUCUCGAAGCUGUUUGCUUUCAUUAGCAAUACUACUGCUGCUUUCGGCUACUAUAUCUUCUUCCUCGAGCCAUCCUGUAAAUGGGAAAAAGAUCAAGACUGCUACUUUCCUAACGCCUAAAAUUGUAUUGGGACCAGGAUCAGUAGCGAAAAAGUGGUUCUACAAUCUUGAUUUUCCACGAGGUCAUAUAUUUCUCAAAAGCUUUGAUGCUGACGUAGUCGAUGAAGCUGGCAAUCCAGUUCCACUCUUUGAAACUUACCUUCACCACUGGUUUGUUUCGAGAUACUAUCAACCAACGAAUGCUUCGAUUACCGAGAACAAUAGCCCAUCAGAUAGAAUUUCUGCAGGAAAUAGCGGAAUAUGUCAAACUGAUGUUCUUAGACAUCAUUUUGGUGUUGGAUCGGAAACAAGAAAAACAGCUACACAUGUUCCAAAUCCUUAUGGUAUAGAAGUUGGUAACCCUGCUGAAAUUCCUGUUGGGUAUGAAGAGAAAUGGUUACUUAACAUCCAUGCUAUCGAUACAAGGGGCGUCGUAGAUAGGAUGGGUUGUGGUGAAUGCAAAUGUGAUCUUUACAAUGUCGCGGUUGAUGAAUUGGGUAAUCCUUUAAGGCCUGAAUACAAGGGAGGUUCUUCAUGUUGCUAUGACGGUACACAAUGCAAAGUGAAACCAGGUUUUCAGGGCUCUAGGAGAAACCUUUACCUGCGUUACACUGUGAAGUGGGUUGAUCGGGAUAGCUCAACUAUCCCUGUUAAAAUCUUUAUAUUUGAUGUUACUGAUACCGGGAAGAGGCACAAUGACUCAUCAGGACUCAGUCCACAAAAUGGCUGUCAGGUUGAGUAUGAAGUUAAAGGCUGCAGAAACACUAAUGCAGGUGUUGAUAAAUGCGUUGAUGUGAGAAGAACAAGUUUGAUCAUGCCAACUGGUGGUCAUGUCAUAUAUGGUGUUGGCCACCAGCAUCCUGGGGGCAUUGGUUCAACUCUCUACGGACAGGAUGGACGUGUUAUAUGCACAUCACUACCCGUUUAUGGAAAAGGAAAAGAAGCAGGAAAUGAGGCUGGUUACGUUGUAGGAAUGUCAACCUGUUAUCCAAAUCCAGGCUCCAUCAAGAUUGCUGAUGGAGAGACAUUAGUGUUGGAAUCAAAUUAUAGCAGUACUCAAAUGCACACUGGAAUUAUGGGGCACUUCUACAUUUUGGUUGCAGAUUUAAUGCCAAACUCUGAGACUAAGUCCUAAAGAACUAAUGCCAAAAACAGACUAUGAAUGUCUGAUGUUUGAUUAGCAGAGUAUAACCUCAGAUGUAAUUUCCGUUCUUUCAGAAAGACGGAUAGGCGAAAUCAUCCUAUGAUAAUUCUUGGAUGGCAGGAGUAGUACGUAGUAGCUCCAGUGGGACUUGCAGUCAUUGUUGCUAUUACUAAAAGAUAUAAUUUAAAAGGGGCAGAGGAUAGCUAUGAGCCAAUUCUGACAUGAAAUGGAUCAAGUUAGUUUCCAUAGCACCAUAAGAAAUCAUCUAAGUUUCAGUUCGAUUUGGAUUUACGACGAUGUGGUAGUUUAUCGACAUACUUUAUGCUUGUUUUUCUUUUUUUCUUCCUCGUUUGCUUAAAUUUGUUGCAUAGUCUACCGAGGUCUGAUAUUAUUUCUUCUGCUGCAUUAUUUGCCGAUUGUUGUAUAA